AUGGUGGAACCAUUUGGUGGCGACUUGUUCGACGUAUUUCAAGAUUCUACUGCAAAAGAAAAAGAAUCGGGAUCAAGAGGCGGAUUAGAUGGAUCAAAAGCAGACAGAGUGUUCAGUCAGAUUGCUGGCAAGAGAAGAGCAGAGGGGCUUGAUGAUGAUUCAGCAAAGAAAACCAAAAAUGAGGAAAAAAUCGUGGAAGUGAUGCCCCGGCUACAGAUACACACAGUGGAAACAUUGGAGGCCUGCACACAUGAAGUGGUUGUGCCGCCAGAUACAGAGUAUGUGCCUUUGAAGCCUCCUUCAGGGGAGCCUGCUAAAGUGUACCCCUUUACCUUGGAUCCCUUCCAGAAGGAAGCCUUGCUGUGUUUGGAGAACCACCAGUCUGUGCUUGUGUCAGCUCACACGUCAGCUGGGAAAACUGUUGUAGCUGUUUACGCCAUAGCCAUGUCCCUGAGGAGCAAGCAGCGUGUUAUCUACACCACCCCCAUCAAAGCCUUGAGUAACCAGAAGUAUCGAGAGCUGUAUGAGGAGUUCACAGAUGUGGGCUUGAUGACAGGAGAUGUUACCAUCAACCCAACCGCCAGUUGCCUGGUCAUGACUACUGAGAUUUUGAGAAGUAUGUUGUACCGAGGUUCUGAAGUGAUGAGAGAAGUGGCCUGGGUAAUCUUUGAUGAGAUCCAUUACAUGAGGGACAAAGAGCGUGGUGUUGUUUGGGAAGAGACUAUUAUCCUUUUGCCAGAUAAUGUCCACUACGUAUUUCUCUCGGCCACCAUUCCCAAUGCCAGACAGUUUGCUGAAUGGAUUUGCCACCUGCACAAACAGCCAUGUCAUGUGGUCUACACUGACUACCGCCCCAUUCCCCUGCAGCACUACAUCUUCCCAGCUGGCGGAGAUGGCCUACAUCUGGUGGUAGAUGAAAACGGUGACUUCAGAGAAGACAAUUUCAACACUGCAAUGUCCAUUCUGAGAGAUGCAGGAGACGCAGCCAAAGGAGACCAGAGGGGCAGGAGAGGUGGAAGUAAAGCAAAUGAGUCUGACUGUUACAAAAUUGUGAAGCUCAUCAUGGAGAGAAACUUCGCUCCAGUUAUUGUCUUCAGUUUCAGUCGAAAGGACUGUGAGGGUUAUGGGAUGCAGAUGUCAAAAUUAGACUUCAAUACCGAGGAAGAGAAGACAUUGGUCGAGGAAGUGUUCAGCAAUGCCGUUGAUGCCCUGUCAGAUGAAGACAAGAAACUACCACAGGUGGAGCAUGUCCUGCCUUUGCUAAAGAAAGGAAUUGGAAUUCACCACUCAGGUCUUCUGCCUCUUCUGAAGGAAACAAUUGAGAUACUGUUCUCUGAGGGCCUUAUCAAGGCACUGUUUGCCACCGAGACCUUUGCCAUGGGCCUCAACAUGCCUGCCAGGACUGUGUUGUUUACUGGCUGUCGAAAAUUUGACGGUCGGGAUUUCAGAACGGUGACCUCUGGAGAAUACAUCCAGAUGUCUGGGCGAGCUGGUCGGCGAGGUCUGGAUGAAAGAGGUAUUGUCAUCAUGAUGGUGGAUGAGAAGAUCACUCCAGAUGUUGGGAAAGUGAUUCUAAAGGGAGAACCAGAUGCACUGAACUCUGCCUUCCACCUGACAUACAACAUGGUGUUGAAUCUGCUGAGAGUGGAGGAGAUCAACCCUGAGUACAUGUUGGAGAGAUCAUUCUUCCAGUUUCAGAACUAUGCGGCUAUACCUGAGCUGCUGGAGAAACUUCAGAAGAAAGAGGCAGCCUACAAGGCACUGUCCGUUGAGGAUGAGGAUUCUAUCUCGGCCUACUUCCGUAUCCGACAGCAGCUGGACUCACUGGCUAGAGAACUGAAACAUUUCAUUCUGAAGCCGGCUUAUCUGUUGCCCUUCUUACAGCCAGGGAGGGUGGUCAAGGUGAAGAAUGAAGACUUAGACUUUGGAUGGGGAGUGGUUUUAAACUUCCACAAGAAGAUGGACCAGUCAGCGGCAACAGAUGAGACUGGCACCCUGUACGUUGUUGAAGUCUUGCUCAAUUUGACAAAAGACAGUUUGAAGUCACGUAAUGCAUCAGACAUUCGGCCUUGUCCUAAAGGAGAAAAGGGAGAGAUGCAGGUUGUUCCUAUCCUGACACGCUUGCUUGAUGCAGUAAGCGCCAUCAGGCUGUACAUCCCCAAUGACCUGAGAUCUCCAGACAGCAGAUUUUUGGUUUUCAAGUCAUUGCAGGAAGUAGAGAAAAGAUUUCCAGAUGGCCUCCCUUUAUUGGACCCAGUAGAAGACAUGGGGAUCAAAGAUAAAACACUUGGAGAUACAAUCAAGAAAAUUGAGGCUUUUGAGCAGCGUCUGUAUUCUCAUCCUCUUCACAAAGACAGCAGGCUGACAGAACUGUAUGACCAGUUUGAGAAGAAGGCUAAGAUUGCCAGUGACAUCAAAGAUCUGAAACUGGAGCUCAAGAAGAAGAAGUCACUCCUGCAGAUGGACGAGUUAAAGUGCCGCAAACGUGUCCUGAGACGCAUGGGUUACUGUACCGCUUCAGAUGUCAUUGAGGUCAAAGGAAGGGUUGCCUGUGAAAUCAGCAGUGGGGAUGAACUGCUGCUGACAGAACUGCUGUUCAACGGUGUCUUCACUGAUUUAACCCCGCAACAAGCGUGUGCUCUCAUUAGUUGCUUUGUAUUCCAAGAAAAGGCUUCGGAGAUGCCAAAGUUGGGUGAAGAACUCGCAGGACCACUCAGAAUUAUGCAGGACACAGCCCGGCGCAUUGCCAGGAUCAGCAGAGAGGCCAAGUUGGAGCUGGACGAAGAGGUCUAUGUGGACUCCUUCAGACCUCACCUGAUGGACGUAGUCAAUGCUUGGUGUAAUGGCGUCAGCUUUGCUCAGAUCUGUAAAAUGACAGAUGUUUUUGAAGGAAGCAUAAUCCGAGCCCUGAGGCGACUAGAGGAGACCCUGAGACAGAUGGUUCAAGCUGCCAAGGCUAUCGGCAACACUGAACUGGAGAAUAAAUUCUCUGAAGGCAUCCGUAUGAUCAAGAGAGAUAUUGUGUUUGCUGCCAGUUUGUAUUUGUAG